AUGAAUCGAAAUUAUCACCUUGCUUUAUUCAUGCUGUCAUUUACACUGUCAAAUAAUGGUUAUGAAAAGAUAUCGAGGCGAUUACGACCACUAUUUUCUAAAUUGGGAAUAAGGAUUCCUGACAGAGAAGAAUUCACAUAUGUAAUAACUCGAAAGCCACAUGAUCACAAAACACCACUAAAAGCGCUGUUUUGUCUGAAUGAUGAAUGUUUACCGGAUGACACAAGGCGUGGAUUAAAAGUCUUUUUGGAGGUACACAUCUUUGUGCUAUUUUUCGAGUUAUUAUGGUCAUUACCCGGACACUUAAGGCGCGGAGAUAGAAAUAUCUCUACAUCAUCUUCACGACAAAUAGGAUUAGUCGCGGCAUCAUACGUGUUUCUAUAUAAAGUUCAUUUACGAUUUUUUAAACGAGUAUUUGAUCCUAUAUUUCGACCUCCAUACACACGAGUACACACAAAUCGGGUCUAUGACAAACUGUUGCGACUGAUGGGACUUCCACCCGCUGGUGAGUUCUAUGAAAAAUUGUUUCAAUCACCAUCGGUACCUCCGGCAUUAGCGGGAUUCUGUGCCGGGCCGGCAAUUCUUUUCGCCAAAGAUCAAGCCCAACGCGUGACUAUGUCCGUGUAUAUGCUACUCAAAAGCUUUCAAUUUUUGUACCAUUCGUUAUGCGAAAAUCAAAUAAUCCCGAGGACUCCGUGGUGGUGGGGAUCAUGGAUUCUAUUUCCACUAAGUUCUGCACAGCUUAUUCAUGCAUAUCUAGUAAACCCAGAUACUUUUUCGGAAAGCUAUGAGCGGUUCAUUACCUCACGUAGUACAACAUAUGUUCAACCGCGUCCAGGCUACUAUCCCAAAUCAUUACCAUGGCCAACUGGUCGUGAGAUCGUCGAUUCAAUUGGCAUAGUCGCGUCUUUAAACUAUCCAGAAUUCUAUUCAACAAAGCUACAUCGUGAUGUGCCUACUCUCCCGAAGGAAUUAAAUCCUAUUCAACCGAUAUUGGAAAUAGCGCACCCCGCUCACACGAAAACAAUGUGCGCAAUGUUACACCCGGACGAACCGAGUUGUCUGGUGACUUUUUCGAAAUUUGUCGCGAAAGAAGGCGUUGCCGCGCUUAAAUUCAUGGCUAUAAUAAAUGGGAUAGGAAUAAUUCUUAGAUGGCGGCAAAUUCGCGAAAGGCCUUACGAGAGCGUAAUGCAUUGGUUGAAUCAUUCGGUGCCAUUAUCCUUUAAAGGUGCUACAUUCAUAACAAUGGCAAUUGCUACUUCGUGGGGCUUGAUAUGUGGCUUUCAAAACAUACUGCCAGCGAAAUUCAUGCCACGAUCGAGAAUCUAUCUUAAUGGGUUUGUUGGAGGUCUUUGGAUUUUCGCUGAAGAUUCUAAUCGUAGACUCGAUAUUGGAAUGUACAGUUUACGAUUAUCCAUUGAAUCCGUAUGGAAACUGAUGGUGAAGAAGCGUAUAGUGAAAUCAAUAAAGAACGGAGAAGCCAUAGUUUUCUCAUUCGCAAUGGCAAUAACCAUGGCAAUCUUCCACACAAAUCAACGACACAUCUCCUCCCCAUACAUUCGAUACUGCAUUAAAAAGUUGGUGGGAACCGAGAGGGAAGAAUAA